ACGUGUACAAAAUGCUCAAUCUGUUUCGUGUGAAGUUACUAACUUUUAAAAUAUUGCUUUUCACUCUGCAUGGCUAUGUUUGCACAGAAAUUAUUGGAGGCCAUGAGGUUAAACCUCAUUCUAGACCAUACAUGGCAUCGAUCCAGGUGUACAAACAACAUAUAUGUGGAGGAGCUCUGAUCACACCAAGAUGGGUACUGACUGCAGCACACUGUAAAAUGUUUGGUCAAAUGACCCAGUUUCAAGUGGUCCUUGGAGCUCAUUCGCUUUCUAAGAAGCAAAGAUGGAAAAAGACAAUUAAUGUGAAAAAGGCAUUUCCUCACCCCAUGUUUGAUAUGCAAACUGCCAAAAAUGACAUCAUGCUGCUUCAGUUGGCUACUAAAGCUAAUUUGAACAAGUAUGUGAAAAGCCUAAAGCUGCCUGAAUCAACAGAAGAUGUCAAAGCAGGAACAGUUUGCACUGUCGCAGGAUGGGGAACAACUAACCCAAAUGUCUUGAAAGCAUCAGAUACCCUCAGGGAAGUAGACAUAACUGUCAUUGACAGAAAAGUUUGCAACAAUAAAGCAUACUAUGGCCAUGAUCCUACCAUAACAAAGGACAUGCUAUGUGCUGGAGAUAAGAAAGCUAGAAAGGAUUCAUGUGCAGGAGAUUCUGGUGGGCCAUUAAUAUGUAUGAUGCAAAACAAGGAUGCUGAGUACAAGGGCAUUGUGUCAGCUGGCCAAGAAUGUGGAGAACCUACCAAGCCUGGCAUAUAUACUCGUUUAUCCAAGAAAUACCUCAACUGGAUCAAAAAACUUACCAGAAUUAAAAAUUAUAACUUGACAAAAAAUCAAAGCUGUGGAUAACUUGCAAUGGCUUUCCUGAGCAGCUGGGUUUUUUUUUAAUGUGUUUUAUAUAUUUUUGUAGAUGAAUUCUAAAAAUUGUAUCAGAAAAUGCUUCAGAGCAAUUGAC